GAGGAAGCGUGAGUAUAUAAGCAGCGGUGAGUUUGUGGAAGCAGCGAUCAGCUGCUGGAGACUCUGCAGACACACAAACCACAGGUUUUUGCGUCACGAUGACUUCCUGCGUGUUGUCCCUCUUCUUCUUGGUCUCCUUGUGUUUCUCCGUCAGCGCCGUCGAUCCCACCGGCCUCAGAGUGCGAAUCACUAACCAAUCGCUGGAUGUCUUGAAAGGUGUUGGUCUGGAGUUUUUGAAGGAGCUGGAGAACAAACGUUCUGACUUCUCGUUCCAGUGGAAAGCCCUGAAGUGCAGCAUCAAAGGGUUGACCCUGACUCGUAUAACAGUGAAUCCAGCUCAGGUUGUUCUCAGUUUCCAGCAGAAUUCAGGUCUCCAGUUUGAAAUCCAGAACCUGGUCUUCACCGGAGAUCUGGAGCGAGAGAUCAACCUGUGUUUGUGGGGAGAAUUCAACAUUAACAGUGGAAGGACGGCCUUCGGAGGAGCCGGCGUGAGCGCCAGGAUCGCAGUGACACUGAACCGGAACCAACAAGGACGUCUGAGUGUCCAGAUGCCGACCUGUGAAUUCAGAGCUGAUAACAUCGUCUCCGGGUCCACCGGCAUAGUGGGGCGUGCAUUGGACUUACUCAUUCGAGUUUUCCAGAACUACUUCACCACCCAGAUCUGUCCUGCUGUUCAGACGUAUGUCGUUCCUAAAGUUAACUCCAUGUUGGAGAGCUUCACCAUGGUGACGCCUCUGUACGAAGACCUCGGCAUCAACGUCGACUACUCUCUGAGCGGAGACGUCGCAGUGACCUCCAACAGCCUCGAUGUUCCUUUCAAAGGCCUGGUGUUCAGGCAGGGCGAGACUGUCGAUGCUGGAUCAAUAAGAAAAGGUGCCGAUCCAGUUUUCAGAGAAAGUAACCUGAUGGCUUAUGUGGGCGUCUCAGAGUUCUUCUUCAACAGCGCCAUCAUGUCGUUCUACAGCACAGGAACCAUGGUUCAGGUUGAACAGGUGACACAUCAAGCUGCGAAGGCUGCUCUGAAAGCUCUGCAGCUCUUUAGGCAACCGUCGCGGCUGAGGGAUCCUCUCUCAGCUGAACUGCAAGUCACCGAGGCGCCCAGCAUCAGCAUCAGUGAGAGGGAUGGACUGACUGUCAAUGCCAGAGCCAGAGUCCAAGUGUUCGCAGUGCCGGCUCAAAGGCAGCAGGAGCAGCUCCUCUCUGUGUCAGCGACGUGUACGGUUAAUAUGAAGGUCGCUAUCCAAGGAAACUAUCUGACUCUCCCUUCAGACAACGUCAGCUGUAAAAUCAUUACUAAAAAUGAGAUCAGAGACUUUAUGGUGAAACCUUUAAAUUCGUUUCUGACAGAUAAGCUGAGGGGCUUCCUGCGUGGCGUGUUUCUUAAAGGAGCAAAGAUUCCUCUGCCUGAAGAAGUCGGUUUCACUCAGGGAAAGAUCGACUAUCAUGAUGGCUUCCUGGUGGUCGGGGGGACCCUGAACGUGACACCAGCUGGGGGGAAGACGUUGCUGCAGAAUUUCGGCUAGAUGAACGGCGGUCAACAUCUGUACAGCUGGACGAGAAGCGCCUCCUUCAUCUUCACACGCCGCUGCAUUUAUUCAGUGUGAAACACUGAGUUAAUGUCCGCUGGUUUCUGCUGCUUUCUGUACAAUAAACAGCUUCAGCAUCGUCA